AUGAAAUCAAUAUACUUAUUCAUUUAUUUUAUUCAUCAAUGUUAUUCGGCUGGUAUUAUGGAUCAUGUUAUUUAUGCUGUUAAUUGUGGCGGUGAAGCACAUACAGAUGUAAAUGGUAUAAGAUAUCGUAAAGACUAUCUUAAAGCUGGUAUUAAUUCUGAUUAUGGACGUAAUUCAUUUAUAAGUCGUGUAGCAAAAGAAGACAUGAUACUUUAUCAAACUGAAAGGUAUGAUUUACAAAGUUUCUCAUAUGAAAUUGAUGUUAUUGAUGAUGGAGAUUAUGUACUUUGGCUGAAAUUUGCAGAAGUUUGGUUUAAUGCACCAAAUAUGAAAGUAUUUCAAAUAUUACUUAAUGAUGAGCACUCUGUUAUCGAUGAACUCGAUAUAUUUGCUAAAGCUGGUCGUUCAACAGCUCACGAUGAAUAUAUUCCAUUUCAAAUAAAGAAUGGUCGUUUAGUUCUUAAAUCUCGUAGUUCAUCUUAUUCAGGAAAAUUGAAAGUUACUUUUGAAAAACUUGACGGCAAAGAUAAUCCAAAAAUUAAUGCACUUGUUAUAUGGAAAGGAUCCAUUGAUCAAAUUCCAAAAUUACUGCCAGUUGUGGAACCAGAAACUCCUGAAGUACCAACAGAGUUAGAGGAUGAAGAUGAGGCACCAGCGAAAGCUGCACAAGUAAAACGUAGUUUGAAACCAAGUGGACCAAAAGUUGUUGAUCCAUAUACAGAAGAUCAAUCAAGUUCAUUGAUGCCACUACUUAUUGCUAUAGCUGCUGUUAUUCCUGUCAUUUUUUGUUUAUGCCGCUUUUAA